UCCUUCUCUCUCUCUCUCUCACCAAAAACUCUCCACAUCUUCGUUUUCCUUUGUUUAACUUUUCCCAAUCACUCGCUGCGUUCUUCCUUUCUCUCAUGGUUCCCCAAUAAAACCCUAAUUCCAUUCCCCCAACUGUCUCUCACACUCUCCGCAGGUACACACUAAUAACGACAACCCCAGCUCUAAUCACUCUUGUAUUUCACUCGCCGUGUUAUUUAGGGUUUGUGGCGGUUGGCGGAUCUGUUUUGCAGAGACAAGAAAAAAAAAAGGUCUGGAAUUUCUGUUCUGAAGAAUAAAAAGCUGGGAAUUUAAGGGUAGGAAUUUAUGUCCUUCAAUCAAUCAAGGUCCGAUAAGAACGAGACUCAGUAUCGUAAAACCGGGCGAUCCGCGAGCUCCAAUCAGCAGCACAGAGGAUACUCUCCGGCUUUCCCUAAGGGCUCCGGCGCCCCUGGCCCCGCCCCUUCCAUCUCCUCCCAACGCAGCUUCAAGAAGACAAACACUAAUGCACAAGGAGGGCAAUCUAGGGGGAAUGUAGCCCCUCUAAAUCCGUUGGAUCCCGGGACUGCUUCCACGCCACGCGGUGGCGUGCCAAAUGGCGGCCAUGUACAGCCUCAACAUCACGGAGCCUCGGAGACAAGUUUUGCAAACACAGCUCCCAAGCAGACAGAGCCAUCAGUUGCACAGAGAGGCCCUCGAGCUGUUCCGAAGGCUCCAGCUCCUCAGCCUGCCUCCAUGAAUACAGACUCAAGAGGGCCGCAUACUCCUGUAAAAUCCCCAGGGGAUGCGUCCAAGGGAUUUUCCUUUCAGUUUGGGUCCAUAAGUCCUGGUUUGAUGAAUGGGAUGCAGAUUCCUGCUCGAACUAGCUCAGCUCCACCGAAUUUGGAUGAGCAGAAACGCGAUCAGGCACGACAUGAGUCCUUUAGACCUGUGCCAUCCAUGCCGACCCCUUCUGUUCCUAAGCAGCAGCCACCUAGGAAAGAUCAACAUUCUGUCGACCAAUCUAGUGCUGCUGAGGCUCAUCUGCAACCAAAGCCCAAAAAGGAUGUGCAAGUUGCUCCUACGCCCCCUGCUAGCCAAACUCAGAAACCUUCUGGUCCUCCAAUGCCUGGGAUCUCUAUGGCAAUUCCAUUUCACCAGCCACAAGUUUCUCUGCAGUUUGGUGGCCCCAACCAGCAGAUCCAAUCUAAGGGUAUGCCUCCCAAUUCACUCCAAAUGCCAAUGCCAAUUCAACUACCCACAAUAGGUAGCAGUCAAGUACAGCAGCCGGUGUUCGUCCCAGGUUUACAACCCCAUCCAAUGCAGCCUCCAAAUAUAAUGCAUCAGGGCCAGAACCUGGGUUUUACCCCCCAAAUGGGUCCUCAGUUGGGCAACUUGGGGAUUGGCAUAGGUCCACAGUACCCCCAACAGCAAGGUGGAAAGUUUGCAGGCCCUCGUAAAACCCCUGUCAAGAUUACUCAUCCAGAUACACAUGAAGAGUUGAGGCUUGAUAAACGAGCAGAUUCAUAUCCAGAUGGUGGCUCGUCAGCCGCCAGGACUCACCAUAAUGUGUCUCAAUCCCAGCCCAUGCCUUCAUUUGCAGGUUCUCAUCCUACAAGCUAUUAUACCAAUUCUUACAAUCCUAAUGCCCUGUUUUUUCCAUCUCCAAAUUCGCAUCCUUUAUCAAGUAAUCACAUGCCAUCCAAUUCACAAGCACCAAGAUUUAGCUAUCCAGUGAGCCAGGUUCCGCCCCAAAGUAUGCCUUUCAUGAAUCUGUCAGCUCACACACCUAACCUGGAACAUGCACGGGAUGUACAUAAUAAAAUUGCCUCUGUUUCAUCCACAGCUAUUCCAGUUACUGUUAAACCAGCUAUUGACUCAUUUCCUAACAGCACAGCUGCUGUUGAAAGAAAUGAAUUCUCAAAGCCUUCAAGGCCGGCUGGAGAAGUUAUCUCAUCUCAUCCUCAAAGAAUUUCAGGCAGUGACCCAGCGGUUAACAAAUCAUUGCCAAUUGUGGCAAAAAUAUCUGCCAAUUUGCCUGCUGCACCUUCUGUUGAAAUCCAGGUGUCAAGUUCUUUAUCCUCUACUUCAGUUGCCCCAGCGGAGGAGUCUGUACCAGUUGUAUCUGCCACUGAAGCCAAAAAAAAGGACUCCCUUAGUCGAUCAAAUUCAAUUAAAGACCAGCAGAAGAAACAAGGCAAGAAAGGGAAUAUUCAGCCACAGCAUCAGCUUUCUGGGCAUUCUAGUACUGCAGCAAGUAUAACCUCUCAGGAACAGGCUGUAUCAUCUAGUAUUGGUGUUUCUGAACCAGUUCCUGUUCCAGAGAGCACUGAAUCUGUGUCAGAGUUGGCCAGGGAAUCAUCAUCAAAUGUUAGUUCGGCCACUACUGAUGUUUCUGACUCAAAGGCUGAAGCUGUUGGAGAAGGCACCAUCUCCACUUCUGAAGUAUUUGGUGCUAGUCAAAUAGGAAAUUCUUCUCUCCUUGUUGAACAAGGAGAACAGGAAUUGGUUGGAGCAGAAAAACAAUCAGAAGAGAGUUUGCCUGAAGGAUACAAACAGGAAGCUAGUAGCCUUAGUAUUUCUUCAGAAUCGGCCUCUGUGAAAAGUCUGGAAUCUGUUAACAAAGAAGCAGAGCUCUCUGUUGCAAAGGAAACCACCGAAGGCAGUGUUAUUGGAACUUCUGAAACUGCAGGAGUCAAAGUUCAACAUGUCAGGUGCAAUUCAGAAUUAGAUACGAUUAAUAAUUCUUCAAGCAGAAGUGAUAGCAUGGGUAAUAUUGAAGUUGCUUCUGCAAAACCUAGUAGUCCAGAUCAGCCCUCUGCUCCUUUUCAAUCCACAGAAAUAUCAGGUACUACUUCAAAGCAUGAAGGGGAAAGUUUGGAUAAUGCUGGUGGUGACUCGCUUACAGUGUCAGGUUCGAAGGAUAAACCCCUUCCAGAACUGAGUAGAACUAAGAGUACUGUUUCGAAACCGAAGAAGAAAUUAAAGGAUAUUCUUUCCAAGGCUGAUGCUGCUGGGGUAACAUCUGAUCUAUAUGGGGCUUAUAAGAACCCUGAAGACAAGAAAGAUGUAGCAUCUUCUGAAAGCGUGGAGAACACUCCUACUGGUGUAUCGUCAAAGCAGGAAGGUGCUGAUUCUACUCAGCAAGUUGCUGCAGUCAGAGAUGAAGGUACACAGAGUAUAGCUGAGCCAGAUGAUUGGGAAGAUGCUGCUGACAUCUCAACACCGAAACUGGAAAACUCAGGUGGUGGAGAACUGCCCCAUGGUGACAUAGAUGGGAGUGGAUACGGGGAAAAGAAGUAUUCCAGAGAUUUUCUUUUGAAGUUCUCUAUGCAGUUCCGUGACGUACCGGAGGGUUUUGAGAUUACAUCUGAUAUAUUAGAAGUGUUGGAUGCUGAUGCGAAUACCUCUGCUUCUGUUGAUUAUGAUUCAAUCCCAAGUCCUGGAAGAAUUGUUGAUAGGCCAGGAGGGGCAGGAAGAGCACGUGGGAGUGGAAUGAUUGAAGAUGAUAGGUGGAACAAAGGUGGUAAUGCCAAUUUCCGACCUGUCCAAGGAGGAGUGAGUUAUGGUGUUUUGCGGAGUCCAGGUCCACGGGGGCAACCUCAGCAUGUCAGAGGGAUCCUACCUGGGCCAAUUCCAGGUUCUGGGAUGCAAAGAAAUAAUCCUGAUGCUGACAGGUGGCAGCGGGCUACAAAUUUUCAACCCAAGGGUUCGAUGUCUUCACCACAGACUCCGUUACAGGUGAUGCACAAAGCUGAGAGGAAGUAUGAAGUAGGCAAAGUGAGUGAUGAAGAACAGGCCAAGCAAAGGCAGUUGAAGGCUAUAUUAAACAAGUUGACUCCGCAGAAUUUUGAAAAACUGUUUGACCAAGUGAAAGCUGUAAAUAUUGAUAAUGCCAGAACACUGUCAGGUGUAAUCUCACAAAUCUUUGAUAAGGCUUUGAUGGAGCCUACUUUCUGUGAGAUGUAUGCAAACUUCUGUUACUAUCUUGCUGCAGAGUUGCCUGAUUUCAGUGAAGACAAUGAAAAGAUAACCUUUAAGAGGUUGCUUUUGAACAAGUGUCAGGAAGAAUUUGAGACGGGAGAAAGAGAGCAACAGGAAGCUGAAAAGGCUGAUGAGGAGGGUGAGGUGAAACAGUCUGAGGCAGAAAGAGAAGAGAAAAGAAUUAAAGCACGGAGACGAAUGCUUGGAAACAUUAGGUUAAUUGGGGAGUUGUACAAGAAGAAAAUGUUGACCGAGAGAAUAAUGCAUGAUGAGUGCAUUAAAAAGUUGUUAGGUCAGCAGCAGACUCCGGAUGAGGAAGAUAUUGAAUCUUUGUGCAAACUAAUGAGCACAAUUGGGGAGAUGAUUGAUCAUCCGAAAGCCAAGGAGCACAUGGAUGCAUAUUUUGAAAGGAUGAAGAGUUUAUCGAAUAAUAUGAAAUUAUCAUCUAGGGUCAGGUUCAUGUUGAAGGAUACAAUUGACCUGCGAAAGAAUAGAUGGCAGCAGAGGAGGAAAGUUGAAGGACCAAAAAAAAUUGAGGAAGUGCACAGAGAUGCUGCGCAAGAACGACAGGCACAAGCUAGUAGGCUUAGCCGUGGUCCAGGAAUGAAUUCGUCAGCGAGAAGGGGUGCUCCUAUGGAAUUUAGUCCUAGAGGGUCACCUAUGUUAUCUCCAUCAAAUGCACAAAUGGGUGGUUUCCGUGGUAUGCCCUCCCCGGGUCGUGGUUUCGGCAGUCAGGAUGCUCGUACAGAUGUCCGUGUAGAUGAAAAACAUUCUUAUGAGGGUAGGACCUUGUCAGUUCCCUUGACACAGAGACCCAUGGGUGAUGAAUCCAUUACUUUGGGUCCCCAGGGUGGUCUUGCCAGAGGAAUGUCUGUCAGAGGAUCACCAUCGAUGUCAGCUGCUGCUUUCCCUGAUUUAUCUUCUAAUCCUGGAGACUCCCGGAUGAUGACAGCUGGUUUGAAUGGUUUCAGUUCGCACUCAGAGCGGGGAACUUACAACCCCAGGGAGGGUCCAAUGUCAAGAAUCGGGCCUGAUAGAUUUGGAGGUCCUGCUUAUGAUCAGUCAGCACCAGAGCGUAACUUAAGUUUUGGUAGUAGGGACCCAAGGACUUCAGAUCGUAGUUUUGAUAGAUCUCUUACUGCACCACCAACACGUGCACAGGGGGCAGCUUUAGUAAAAAAUGUUUCUUCAGAAAAGUCGGAAGAAUAUCUUAGAGAUAAGUCGUUGGGAGCAAUUAAAGAAUUUUACAGUGCCCGAGACGAGAAGGAAGUUGCUCUAUGUAUCAAAGACUUGAACUCACCAGACUUCCAUCCAACAAUGAUAUCUCUUUGGGUCACGGACUCAUUUGAGAGGAAGGAUGGAGAAAGAGAUCUCUUUGCGAAGCUUCUAAUUAGUCUUACGAAGUCCCAAGAUGGAACUUUGAGUCAAUCACAGCUUAUCGAAGGGUUUGACUCUACUCUCUCCACCUUGGAGGAUGCUGUGAAUGAUGCCCCUAGAGCACCAGAGUUCCUUGCCCGCAUAUUUGCCAAAGUCAUUUUAGAAAAUGUAGUUUCCUUGAAUCAGAUUGGGCAGUCAAUACUUAAAGGCGGAGAGGAGCCGGGAAGUCUUCUGGAAGGAGGGCUUGCAGGUAAUGUUCUUGGUUAUAUCUUGGAAAUUAUUAAAUCAGAAAAAGGAGAGAGUGUUCUCAAAGAGAUUCGCACGUCCUCCAACUUGCGGUUGGAGAAUUUCCGGCCUCCAGAUCCUCUCAAAUCAAGGAUGCUAGAGAAAUUUCUUUAGACAUAGUGAUGCUCAUUGUAAUCUUGUGGUAGGAAAGAAAAAAAAAAUUCAAGGGGCAGUGCUCUUAGGGUGCGUAAUGAAUUUGCAAAAUAUAUUUUUGCAGGCGGGUGGUGGAAAAGUUUAUGUAGUGGGGUUUGUAGUUACAUUCUCCAUGUUUCAAUGUUAUUUAUUAUAAACAAUACUGCAGUUAUGAAAGGUUCAA